AGACAGAAUAAACCAGACGUCGGUCGUGAGUGGUCGUGAGCUUUUUCUCUCGCUUGCGCAAUUGAGAAAAUUACCGUAAUCCAAAAUUGUUAAUUGUGAUAAAAAAAUAGGAUCUCUUAUUAUUUAAUUUGGCCUAUUUGUUCCGUUUCUGUGCAUUUCACAAUUUGCAUUUCAUCUUAUAAAAACAAUGCUGUUUCGCGGCAACCCUGCAUCAUUUCGGAAGCGAGCUCAAUAUCAGUGAUGUUCUUGCUGUUAUAGAGGGUGAUCCAGACUAUACUGGCCAAGCUCAACCUAGUAAAGACUCAAAUUCAGUAAAGGGUGUGGACAAGAUUGAACCUAAAGUUGAAGUCCCCAGCUUUACAAUGAAUACAGCAGAUGUUGGUGUAGAUGCAAAACAAAAGGCUCAGGUCAAAAUUCUUGAACAACCAGCUUCUAAGGCCUUAAGGUUUAGGUAUGAAUGUGAAGGGCGAUCAGCUGGCAGUUUACCUGGAGCAAAUAGCACAACAGAAAAUAAAACAUACCCAACCAUUCAAGUGCUUGGUUACAGAGGUAAAGCUGUUGUUGUGGUUUCCUGCGUCACAAAAGAUUUCCCCUAUAAACCACAUCCUCAUAGCUUGGUGGGCAAAGAGGGAUGCAAGAAGGGAGUGUGCACUCUAGAAAUCAACAAUGACAAUAUGAUUUGCACCUUUUCCAAUUUGGGUGUACAGUGUGUAAAGAAAAAAGGAAUCGAGGAAGCAUUGAAAUUGCGUGAAGAGAUCCGUGUUGACCCUUUUCACACUGGAUUUGCACACAAAAAUCAACCCCAGAGCAUUGAUUUAAACGCUGUUCGCCUAUGUUUUCAAGUAUUUUUGGAAGGCCAGAAAGGAAAGUUUUCCCUUGCUCUCAAGCCCGUUGUUUCAGAGGCAAUAUACGACAAAAAGGCCAUGUGCGAACUUACUAUAUGCAAGCUUAGUGACUGUACCAGUCCCGCUAAUGGAGGCAAGGAGAUCAUUCUGUUAUGUGACAAAGUGACUAAGGACGAUAUUCAAGUAGUCUUCUAUCACGAAGAAGAAGGUCACCUCAUAUGGGAAGGCACUGGUGAAUUUUCUGCAUCAGAUGUCCACAAGCAAGUUGCCAUCACUUUUCGAACUCCACGCUACAGAGUCACCGAUGUGGAGGAGCCCAUAAGUGUAUACGUUCAACUACGCAGACCAAGCGACGGAGCGUGCAGUGAAUCGCGACGCUUUGAAUAUUUACCCAUGGACUCAGGUAGCGUUGAUGCCGUUGUACCCCCAUUUGAUAACAGCGCACUCUUUGCAAGCAAGAGGUUCAAGCCUGAUUUUCCAUUGUACACUCAUAUAUUGGCCCUUGACGCUGCGGUUUUGGCCCGUCAAAUGUUUCGCGCUCCGGAAGAGUCCCGCCAGUAUUCCGAUGCUUUUGUUCAGUGCUCUUUACUCCAAGAAGGAGAAACGACAAACGAAGAGAAACAAGUAGAAAUCCAAAGAAAAUGUGAUGUUGAGGCAGUUGUGGAGAAACCCUUAGAAAACUUGGUUGAUUUAGCUGCGGAGAAAUUGCAGGAAAAACAAAUAGAAUCUCGAUUAGGAUUGAACGAUACCCCACCUCCUCUACCUGAAAAAGGUGUCGGGUUCGCUAAGCUGAAAAGCAACUUGAUCAAAUCGGGUGAAAGCCUCGAAUUUUCUAAGCAAAAAUCUCAGAAAAAUCCCGUAAAGACAGUCAACUUUGAUCGUUCGUCGUUAUCCACAAUCGUGUCAGAGUUUGAUUCAGAUGGGCGACUUUCCGUCGCUUCGUCAGAAGAUCUGAAUUCGCGACUUUCAGCUGCCUUCUCGGACUAUUCAGACUUGACGGAUGUCCGUAGCAUUGCAGAGGAAUCAGAAGUGGAUAUUAACGAUUCACUUUCUUUGAUAUCUUCCACUCAUACGUUAAACGAUCGAUUAUCUCAGGUUUCUGAUGCGUCCGACAUUUCAAUCGUUUCCGACCAGACAGUAAUCCACGAUUCAAAAUCCGACACGGGUAGUAUAGACACGAUUGAACAGCAAUUGGAAAUGCUCGAGUCGAUGAGCGUUGAUCCCGAUUGUCAAACAUACUCUAGUUUUCAAAUGGCGAUGAAACACCCUAUCUUUGGUUGGCCAAGUCGUACUCAACCAACUGAUACUCCAGUGGAAGCGAUCUUUAAUGAUUUAGUUUAUGAUGAUCCCACAGAUGAUCCAAUUUUAAAACUUGAAGUUCCCUUACCGGCAGUACCUCCGCGUGUUGAAUCCAAGACUGUAUCAACACCUCCGUUGCCGCCACGUCGUUUUAAAAAACUUAAUCAGCCGUUACCCGACCCUCCUACUAGAGACUUAGGUCUUAAGAGCGCGUUGCAAGCCCUGAAACAAACUUUUAAAAAAGCGAAACCCAUGUCUAAAAGUGAAGCGUCUCUAAACAGCUCUGUUUCAAUUCAUUCUAGUCAACGAUCUAUUUAUAACAGCCAAGAAAGCGUCAGAGAUGCUCAUCAGAAUGCUUCAGCCAUGGAUGAACAAACUUCUCAGUCUGAACCUGACACCGUUAAAAGCGAUAAUGAAGCUCCUUCUGAACAGAAGUUGAAUGAGUCACCGGUGAUUCAAACAGCGCUUCCCACAGUAGUCGUUGAUCAGGUUGAUCCUGAUAAUUUGACAGAAGCUGAGAACUAUGCUUUGUACAUGAGAUUGGCACCUCUGGCCACGGCUUCUGAAUUCGAUGAAAAUGAAACUUUAUCUAUGUUGUAUGGAGAGUUGACACCUAAUCGAGAUGUUGUGUCCAUGCAAGAUGGAAAGUAGAUUACUUUUUGCCGUUUUACUUUCGAGUAAUUUUUUUGCAAUUGAAUAGGCAUUUUGAAAGCUAUCUUAGUCGUGCCUUAAUUUGCCUUUUGAACGUAAUGGUAGACAAAGCUUAGGAGUAGUUAAUUGCGAUUUGAUUAGCUGACAGCUUCGUUGUGGUUACCCGUUUUCGUAUAAUUUUAAAACUUUUGUUUAAUACUCUUUGUUAAUUUGAUCUAGUCAUUGCCAACUGUAUUAGAAUCCCCUGGUGCAAUGUUUAACUCAUGAUAUCUCACAAAUAUUCUUGUUGGCCUCGCAUCAGAUGCCGAAAUGCUUAAGCGGAAGCGACAGCGCUUGUUCGAAUCGAACGCCAGUCGUUUGAAGGACUUCAUCCUCGACAAUGUUUUAGAAAGUGAGUUAAUUCAAAAUUUAUUUCAGCCUUUUUUUUUU